UUUUUUUAAGUGCAUCCUGACUAAAUGUAGAUUGUGGUUUUCUGUGUGGAGGUUGGUAUUGUGCAUUUUGAGUGGCAGUUUGUGUCAAACUUUGAAAUAAGGCAGGUCCUUUUCCUAACCCUAAAAAUAUGGUUGCAUCUUGGUUUGUUAACUGGCAUGAGUAAGACUUAAAUAAUCCAGGUAAAAAAAAUUAAAGAAUCUUUUUCUAUUCAGCUACACCUCCUGCCCCAGCUUCUUCCCAGCAACCUCAGGCCGCUUCUGGCUCUGCUAAGCCCAAAGGCAAAGAUGCCAAGAGUGCUCAGGGUUCCUCUGCCCCAAAGGCUGUCCCUGGCAGAAGAAAACGCUCUUCUAUGUCUGCCUCUUCCUCCUCUCCAACAUCUCCUAAAUCUACUCCCUCUACCCCCCUGUCACCUGUGACUUCUCCCUUAGCUGCCUCACCUGCUAGUUCCACUGCUCAUCAUUCUAACCGCUCUACUCCAAAAGUUGUCAAGGCUGGCAAGCAAGGAAAACCUAAGAAAGGAGAGGCAUUUGUGCCUGCCCCUCAGGAGUGCAAGGUUACAGCAGCAGAGGCUCCAUUAGCUGAAGCUAAACAUGCCCCGGUUGAGACAAAAAAACCCUCACCUGCUGCUUUUAAAGUUACUUCAAAGCCUGCUGUAGCUGCACCAGUUUCUUUUUCAGAAACUCUUCCCUCAAGCCCUCCCAAACCAUUUGAAGUUAAAGUGGCCUCAUCAAAAACUGUUACUGCAGCUGCUGCUGAUGAAAUGCCUGAACUUAUCCCAUCUGAAAAGUCAAUUCAAAUGCCUGUAAUUGUACCUCUUGUUGAGAAACCUGCUCCUGUCGAGGCCAAACCGGCACCUGUUGAGGCUGCUAAGCCAGCUGCUGAGGCUAAACCUGCCCCAGUUGAGGCUUCUAAGCCAGCUGUUGAGGCUAAACCUGCCCCAGUUGAGGCUGCUAAGCCAGCUGUUGAGGCUAAACCUGCCCCAGUUGAGGCUGCUAAACCUGCCCCAGUUGAGGCUUCUAAGCCAGCUGUUGAGGCUAAACCUGUCCCAGUUGAGGUAAAGCCAGCUGUCAAGGCUAAACCUGCCCCAGUUGAGGCUGCUAAGCCAGCUGUUGAGGCUAAACCUGUCCCAGUUGAGGUUAAGCCAGCUGUUGAGGCGAAACCUGCCCCAGUUGAGGCUGCUAAGCCAGCUGUUGAGGCCAAACCUGCCCCCGUUGAGGUAAAGCCAGCUGUCGAGGCUAAACCUGCCCCAGUUGAGGCUGCUAAGCCAGCUGUUGAGACCAAACCUGCCCCCGUUGAGGCUGCUAAGCCAGCUGUUGAGGCCAAACCUGCCCCUGUUGAGGCUGCUAAGCCAGCUGUCGAGGACAAACCUGCCCCAGUUAAGGAUGUUAAGCCGGCUGCAGAGGCCAAACCUAUUACUGAAGAGGUUCCUAAACAAGUCAAGGAAAUUAAAGCUGCUCCUGCUGAGGUUUUAAAACCAGAUGUCAAGCCUGCACCUGUUGAGGUUGUCAAGCCAGUUGCAGAACCUAAACCAGCUGCCGCUGAGGUUACCAAGCAGGCUCCUGUUAAGGAUGCUAAACUAGAAACUGUGGUGAAAUUGGUUGAGGUCAAGGCUGCACCUGAAGAGGUUGCCAAGCCUGCUAAGCCCGCAGCUGAAACUUCACCCGCUCCCUUAAAACCAGCUAUCGCUGAGCCUGCUGUUCCUGCCCCAGCUCCUCGUAAACUCACAUUUGCAGAGGCACUUGCAAAACCUGUCCCUGUUAAACCUGAGGUUGAGAAAAUAAAUACUAUUUCUGAACCCAUCUCAUCACCCAAACCUGCCCCCACACCUGCUAAAACACCAGCCAAGUUGGAGCCUGAGAUCAAGGAUAAGGGUAUUUUCUUUUUCCUCUCUUUCUGUGCAUCUAUUUUUCCAACUGUCACUGCCACCUGGCAUCUACUGCAAUACUUAGAUAUGUCAUUCUCCAAGGUCAUGACAAAAAAAAGGGUUAGGGUUCGGAAGUUUUUUUACGCUUUAAACAAUGAGGUGCUAUACAGCUGUCAUAAUGAAUGGUCCUAUUUUGGGGGGAAAUUUGUUCUAUAGUGUUUUUUGCCCUUUUAUUUUUGAUCAUACGAUGUCAGGUGUUAAUUGGUUAAAAUGUCUUGAUGGUCUGGUUAAUAUGGUUUUAAAAUACAGGGGAAUUGUUCUCAAUACACCCAGAGUGUACAGUUGAAUUAAAUUUGAGUGAGCAUUAAGUUUUGGCAAUACAAAUGUGUUUCUAUAUUUUCCAGGAAUGAUUGCAGCUUAUUUGCAGGAAAACUCAGGUCUGUAACCAUGUUAAAUGCACCAUUUUGUAACUAAUGGUCUCCUGUUGGUUU